UGCUUGGUGCCUCCUUGGGGUCUGUGCAGGGUCUUCCCUGAGCGAAGCAUCAGCAGUUGCACAGGGGCUGGUUGUGCUCCUGCCUUGGCUUCAGCAACACUGGGCUGGGAGUGGCCUGUGCUCCAUUUGGGCCGUGUGUUCCCAUGCUCCCCAUGGCUUUUCCAUGGCUUCCGUGGGCUUUGGAUGAGCCCCUGCCCCCCAGCUCAGCUCCUGCCUGUUGGGGUGUGCAGCAUCAGCGUGGCUUGGGGAAACAGGGGACAGGAGGGCAAAAUGAACUGGAAAGAAAUCAGGAGGUCAGUGUUCUGGAUGCUCACUAACAUGGAGAGCAGCUCCUCACUUGGGAGAUUUCUCCUGCUGAUGUGCUUCAUUGACAGCAGCUGCCUGUUUUCAUAUGAAGUGUUUGUGAGAAAAGACAAAGCCCACGAGGUGCUGCGAGUCCAUAAACGUGCCAACCACUUCCUAGAAGAAAUUCGUCCAGGGAACUUGGAGAGAGAAUGCAAUGAGGAAAAGUGUUCAUUUGAGGAGGCCAAGGAGAUCUUCCAUUCACAGGAGAAAACGAUGGAGUUUUGGUUCAAUUACAAAGGUUUAAAUCCAUGUAGUACAAAUCCCUGUAACAAUGGUGGAGUCUGCAAAAUAAGACAUUACAGUUACUUUUGCAUCUGCCCCCCAGAAUUCAGAGGACACAACUGUGAAAUAGAGAGGUUGGAGUGCUGGUACAAGAACGGCGGGUGCUGGCAGUACUGCAGGGACAGCAGCGCCCUCCACGUGGAGUGUUCCUGCGCCAGGGAUUACACCCUGCACGAGGACGGGAGGAGCUGCGUGCAGGCAGCACCGUUUCCCUGUGGCUUGAUCAAAGCCAGGCAGGCUCUGGAGGAACAGCGGCGGGGGCCAAAAAGCCUCCUGAGGAGCCAGUGGGAGCACAGGGAUGUGCCUGAGCUGAACAGGAGCACAGAGGGCACAGCUGGGCAAAUGGAGCUGGAGCACAGUGAUGUUGGGGAAAAGGAGACCAUAAAGGAUGCCUUCGGGCACGCUGGACAAACGGAGGUGGCAGGAGAUGCUUCCAGCUGCAAAAAGACAGUGGUGGGCUCUGUGUCCCAGAAGCCCCUGGGGGAGGAGCUGGAUGGCCCUGAGAACCACAAGGCAGUGGAGGGAACUGGGAGAGGCCUGGCUGAGCCAAGGCAGGGCCCAGCAUGGCAGAACAAGAGCACAGCACCUGCUGCCAGGCAGGAAGGAACAGGGGGAAACACCACAGGGCAAAACCAACGAGGGGAGGGCAUUGGCAGGAACAGAACAGGGGCUGUUCAGCACAGGAGUGAUGGGCUGCAUCAGAGCAGGGACAGGGGAGACGGUCUGGACGUGCCUCAGCCCACCCAGGCAAACAUCAGCUCUACUUUGGAGCACGGGGACCCCAGGAUAACAGGAGGAAUGCUGUGUCAUCGUGGACAUUGCCCCUGGCAGGUGCUGAUCCGGGACAGCCGGGGCGUGGGGUUCUGCGGCGGGAGCCUCCUGAGCAGCCGCUGGGUGGUCACGGCCGCGCACUGCCUGGACCUCGUGAGCCCCCACCACGUCACUGUGGGAGACUUUGACAAAUACCAGAGAGAGUUCAAGGAGCAGAAGAUCGCUGUGGAGCGGAGCUGGACGCACCCACACUACGAUUCCAACGACUACAACGGUGACAUCGCGCUGCUCUACUUGAGCAGUGCCGUCGUUUUCAACGAGUACGCGAUUCCCAUCUGCCUGCCCAGCCCCGGCCUGGCCGCGCUGCUCUCCGAGGAGGGGCGGCUCGGGGUGGUGAGCGGCUGGGGAGCCACCCACGCCCGCGGCUCCCCCCUGCGCUUCCUCAUGAAGGUGCGGCUGCCCCUGGUGAGCCUGGAGCGCUGCCAGCGGGCCAUGGACAGGCUGGUCACCGACAACAUGCUCUGCGCGGGGCACGGCACCGCGGCCACCGACGCCUGCAAGGGGGACAGCGGGGGCCCCCUCAUCGCCUCCCACCGCAACACCUGGUUCCUCCUGGGCAUCGUCAGCUGGGGCGAGGGCUGUGCCCAGCAGGGGAAAUACGGGGUGUUCACCAGAGUAGCCAACUACAUCCCCUGGAUUAAAGAGGUGGUUGAAAGCGUAGCAGAUUCAGAAAACUUUUCCAUUAACUUUUCUUAAUGCCAGCUACAGGAGCAGGAAUAAUUCUACUAUUGCAGUGUUUCAGUCUACAACACUGGGCCUGUUCUUGUCCUUAAUGGUGUAAAAUCAAGCUCCUUACCCUCAAGGAAAUUUUGAGAGGGUUAAAUUGCUUAUUCAAGUAUUGCUAAGUAAAAUACUUGUGUAUAAUAAAGAACUAUUUGCAAGUAACAGAGGAGAACACAACUUUUCUUAAUGUAAAUUCUUAUCAGGAAGAUUUUUUUAAGCGAAAGCAAAAGCUUUACAUUUCUCAGGCCUACCUACCUACAUCUCACAGACAAGCACACUCAGUUCUCUGUACGAAUUCAGUGCUUAGCAAAGCAAGUGCAGUUUGGGUAGUGGUGUCUGGCUCUAGCUGUGAGACAGACAGUGCUGAACGCAGCAGGGAGGGAGCUCUGAAGUUCUGGAACCAAGGACAUCAGUUUACUAAAUUACAAAUGUUUUCUGAUACAAAAAAGUCUAUGUGGAACUGGGGAUAAAUGGAGCAGCAAUCCACCCAGCUCCAGGAAGAUUAAAGGAUUGUGCAGUAAAAUUCUCAACAGGUGAUCCAUGUCAAGUUUUGAUUUUGUGACCUCUCCUACAACUGACUGACAUUUUAAUUACACCCCCCAGCACACUCCACUGUUACCAUUCCACAAGAAACAGAACCAUUCUGUUUGCCUCAGAGAGCACACGGUGUUGAGCUAUUAUGAUGAAUUUUGAUAGGAAGAAUUUGAAUUAGGCCUUGCACAAGACCACCAAGCCCAGUACCUCAAUGAAACAUCUCCUAGGAUUUAAAAGUAGCCUCUAGCCCCCAGUGACUACAAGACUAGACUGAAGCACCAGAACUACAAAAAAAAAAAAAAAAUUGAGGGAAGAAAAAAGAAUCUAUUGGACUUUUAGUGCCAAACAGCCCCUGGCUAUGAACAGCUCUGCACAGUUUCCUUGUUCUUCACAAUUGCACCUGCCACUAUGGCAGUAAGGAAGGCCAUGGCUUUCAAUAAAUUCUUAACUAAAACUGGAAAAAAACCCAAAUCCCUGAAGGUCUCAGCAUGCUAAAAACACACCCUGAGGCACUUACUGCAGCAUACACAUACCUGGGGAGAGCAGGUGAAGUUGUCUUAGGAGCAGAAUCCCUCUCGAGCCCCAGCCAGCACAGAUGUCCUCCUGAAGUUGGUGUCCCAGCACACAGCUCUUACUGUCACUCCCUCCAGUCUCACAGGGCCACAUUUAACAGGUGACUCUCCACACUCUUGCAUUCACCCCUUACCAGUGCCAGCAGGAACUCACCCAAACACCGUAAUCCCCACCUCAAAGUAGUCCCAGAAUUACAGAACACACAUUACAGCAAACAGGCUCCGCUCCUCUGGAAGGAAGGCAACUUUGUUACUGAAGAAAUUCCAACUGCCAGUUAUCCAUGCAAGGAGGAGAGUCCUCUUCUUGUAGGCAAGCUCAGCGGAGACAACCAUUUGUGGAGGUAAAGGCAAAGAAGCAACAUGACCAGAUGUUGCUCUGCUGUUGUUCUGUAGCUGCAGGGACAAAGAAAUGAUCUGCAUGAUCCCCCCUAACACAGAGACAGGAACCUUCUCCUUCCCACUGGUAAAACAAACCUUUUGCAAAGUCACUAGUGAGCUACAGAAACAUUUUAGCUGGAAACUGCUGGAAUUUUUAGUGGUUGGUCUGCUGGGCUUUCCUGAACUUUACAUCACUCUUCAUGAAAAAUAAAAUCCUUUGUGUGGAAAAUGGCCAGUAUUUCUAAUCAAAAGCAAUACAUGUAGAUCUCCAAAGACAUAAUAACUGAUUAAUAAAUCACUGAAUAAAGAGGAACUGGACAACUCUGAACAGAAAAUUAACCAUUCACAGCUUUUCCACAUCCAAGGUGGUCUGUGCAUACCUUCCCCCGAGUAAUCAACAAGCAGCCCAAAAAAACAGAUGUUUUAUUGUCUGAAGUGUUGCAAUACAACAAAUACAUGAUCUGUACAAAGGACAUGAUAGGGCCAGUUAAAUACUAUCAGGAGAAAGAAGUCUUCAUAUUCACAGUCCUCAGACAACAUCUUCUACCAGAACCUGAACCAACAAUUCAAAGACUCACUUAAAAAAAACCCCAAACAAGUUGUAAAAAAAUUUAAAGGUCUCCAAAGAGUCUGUGGGUGCACUGUCUUACAGCAGAGCUCAUGGGGUAUUCUGUGAAGGGUCACAAUGGCAUCUUAUUACCCUCAAUGCUGAUUUUCACUGCAUGGGCCGAUCUGCUUUUUUUCCUGAUAUCUGUGAAUUUCCGCAUCUGUUUGUCCAGUCGACUCACCCCUUUCUUAGAGGUCCCCUGGAACUUAAAAAAUAAAACUAAUAAUUACCACUGAAAAAAAAGCAGACGUCCCAGAGGUCCAAGGCAAGCGGCGCAUGCGAGGUCACCCCUGGGCCUGGCUGGUGUCUCUGUCCUUCCCCAGAGUGGGGAAAGGCUUCCCCAGGAUCUGCACGCCCGGGUGGAGGCAGAGGCACUCGGCCAUCACCCUGUUUGCUGGGUACAGUUUGCAAGUUUUUUCUCUACUGGCUGGAGGUGUCAGAACCACAGUGCACCAGUGUCACCCAAAAGGGCUCCCUGGGGGAGUUCAGACAUGGAUACACUGUGACUGAGGCUGACACGGCAUUUCCAAACUGCCAUUUAUUUUAAAGGUCAUGGAUUAGUCCUUAUAAAGCAAGAGAUUACUGGGAGAAGUGUGUAGGGAGAAGCCAGAGAAAUGCUAAGCUGACCAUACAAGCUCUCAGAAGUUAUUGCAUCUCAUCUCUGUAUUUGAACUGCAAGUGAAAAGCAGGCAGUGCAGCAGUUAUUCUGCCCAGAUUAAACACAGUGAUGCUGUAACAAAACAUCACUGAAGACAAACAGCAAGGACCUUCCAAGCCAUAGCCCAUACUUCCUAGGAGGCAAUUUCCCCUAACUAGACAACAGAAAUAAUAAACAAUGAAAAUGCCACACCUUUAAGUUUAGGAGAAACAGAGAUAUCCAAAACAUGCUACAUAGUAUCUGACAAAACACAUCCAUUAGAAACUUGUUCCCAUUGCUGAGGAAGGUGCCCCUGACACACUGAUUUUAAAUAAACUUUAUUCAUAAAACUGUUCACUACUCAUUGAAAUUAUAGCUGAAGUUUCACAGUGAUUUUUAAGAAAAUAUUUUUUUUAAAACAAAUAAAUAUGAAGCUUAAACUCAACAGUUAUCUAUCACUUGUGCUCAUCUCUUCCUGUCACUGUCAGCUUGUGGCAGCCCUGCUCAAAGCACUGAAAUGCAGACCAGGAAUUGUCAAAACAAUUCCCACACUGAUGCAUGUUCUCCCACCCCACACUCACAAUGGGGUGUUUUUUCUCCCCCGGUCUCAUUCUCUGCCUCCCAUCAACCACUCCUAAAGUCUCUUCACACUAUCACAUCACUCUACUUCCUUGAAAGAGGUG